AUGCAGUUCAGUUUGAUCGCAGUGGGUUUCGAGAAGUACGGUUCGCGUGAGGCGCUUGAGCAGGACGCGAUAAAACACUUAUUAGACUUAUACGUGAAGGUGAACGCGGAUGCGGACGAAGAUCCAGCGGGGAGGGCUGAGGUGGCGGCAUUCUUCAUGCGAAUGCAGGAUGUGCGGCUGAACAUGCACUUCGACAUGUACACGGGUGAGAGCCGCGUGAGCAAGGAGUCGAUGGACAACGCGCUUGCCCAGCUGGACGAGAUGGGCCUCAUCGAAGACGAGGAAGUCGCGAAGUGUGUGGAUCUAAAGAAAUACAAGCUGGGAAAGGCUGUCGUGCGGAAAAAGGAUGGAACAUCUAUUUAUCUCAUGCGGGAUAUCGGUGGGGCGAUCGAACGAUACGAAAAAUACAAGUUUGAUAAGAUGAUCUACGUCAUCUCAUCGCAGCAAGAUAUGCAUCUCUUACAGUUCUUCAAGGUUCUAAAGCUAGUGGGCUACGAGUGGGCGGAUCAUCUGGAGCACGUCAACUAUGGCCUAGUGCUCGGUAUGAGCACGCAAAAGGGCAAUCAGAUUAUCCGCGAAGCCACUUCAGUCAUGCACCAACAUACGAAGGGGAAUGAGGAUAAGUGCAGCUCCAUCGAAGACCCUGAGGCGACAUCUCAGGAGAUCGGUAUCACUGGUGUCAAAGUCCAAGACAUGGCUGCGAAACGAAUGAACAUUUAUACGUUCAAUUGGGAUCGUAUGCUCUCCUUCGAAGGCGACACGGGCCCUUACCUACAAUACGCUCUUGUCGGAUUCUGCUCCAUCUCCCGCAAAAAUGCGGAGCUCUUCCCACUCCCGCCGCGCAGCUAG